AAAAUUUCAAGGUGUUGACUCGCCAUCAUCGAUAACGACCACGACCAGCACUUCGUUCGUACCGACGACGUUGCCGCUCAAGUAACGAUUAUACAUCCUCUGCCACUCUUUACCUCUACGAAAAGUACCAUAAUGCCCCCCUCUUCCUCGAAACAAAAGCGUCUCGCCGAAAAAGCUGCAAAACAGGCAGCAAGAGCCAACGGAUCGACAACGGGAACACCUACUAGCACAUCGACCCCCAAUGGCAGUAGCUUUAACACCCCUCUUACCAGCAGAAGCGCCGCUACCAGUAAUGAAGAUCUGACUAGCAUGGCCAAGCUCAAUCUCGCCACCGAAAGGAGCGCCGCUGGAGUGCUGGUAUCCGACCCAAAAUCUCGCGACAUCAAGAUCGACCAAUAUACGCUCUCUUUUCACGGCCGCCUACUCAUCGAAGGUGCCGAAAUCGCGCUGAACUAUGGUCAGCGAUACGGAUUACUUGGUGAAAACGGAUCUGGGAAGUCAACUUUCCUUCAAUCUAUCGCGGAACGGGAUAUCGAAAUCCCUCCUCAUAUCGACAUAUAUCUAGUACGUGGCGAAGCGGAGCCCUCAGACGUUAACGCCGUCGAUUUCAUCGUCGCUUCCGCCAAAGCGAAAGUCGCGAAACUAGAAGCCUACAUCGAAGAGCUCUCCAUCUCAGACGACCCUGAUUCCGAAGCAACCCUUGAAGCCGUAUACGAGGAGCUUGAAGAACUUGACCCUAGCACCUUCGAGGUCAAGGCAGGAAGUAUAUUACACGGCCUCGGGUUCAGCCCGGCCAUGAUGAAGAAGCCGACCAAGGACAUGAGUGGUGGAUGGAGAAUGAGGGUGGCCCUGGCAAGAGCGCUUUUUGUGAAGCCCCACCUGCUGUUGUUAGACGAGCCAACAAAUCACUUGGAUUUGGGAGCCGUGGUCUGGUUGGAGGCGUAUCUGUCGACGUAUAACCACAUUUUGGUUAUUACCAGUCACUCACAGGACUUCAUGGACAGUGUCUGUACAAACAUCAUGGACCUCACCCUCAAAAAGAAGCUCGUAUAUUAUUCCGGAAACUACACCACCUACGUGAAGACGAAACAGGAGAACGAGGUCAAUCAGAUGAAGGCGUACAACAAACAGCAGGAUGAGAUCCUACAUAUCAAGAAGUUCAUCGCUUCAGCGGGAACUUAUGCUAACCUUGUACGACAAGCCAAAUCCAAGCAAAAGAUUCUCGAUAAAAUGGAAGCCGCUGGAUUGAUUGAGCCCGUAGAGAUGAAGAAACCAUUAAGAUUCAACUUCGAGGACAUCCGCAAGCUACCACCCCCCAUUAUCGCUUUUGAUAGCGUGGCAUUUUCGUAUUCGGGGAAGAAAGCAGAUUAUCUCUACCAGGGAUUAAGCUUCGGUAUCGACAUGGACUCCCGUAUUGCCAUUCUCGGUGCUAACGGGACCGGAAAGUCUACGCUUCUCCACCUCAUCACCGGAGCACUGCAGCCUUGUGAGGGGACAAUAAGCAAACAUGCGUCAUUGAAGUUGGCGAAAUACUCGCAGCAUAGCGCUGACCAAUUACCGUAUGACAAGUGUCCGAUCGAAUACUUCCAGUCACUCUUCGCCGAGAAGUUUCCCGAAAAGGACCUGCAAGCAUGGAGAGCGCAGUUAGGGAGAUUCGGAUUGAGUGGGAGUCAUCAGACGAGCAUAAUCAGACACUUGAGCGACGGAUUGAGGAACCGUGUCGUAUUCGCGCAGCUUGCGAUGGAACAUCCACAUAUCCUACUGCUCGAUGAACCCACUAACCAUUUGGAUAUGGAAUCUAUUGAUGCGCUCGCCCGCGCCAUCAAGGAGUUCGAAGGGGGGGUUGUCAUCGUGUCCCAUGACUUCCGUUUGAUCUCGCAAGUAGCGGAGGAACUUUGGGAAGUUGCAGACAAGAAAAUCAAAAACCUUACCAAGUACGAUAUUAGUAUCGUCGACUACAAGAAGAACUUGGUCAAACAGAGUAACGCCGCUAUCGAGAAGGCGAAGCUCUUCAGUAAAACUGCACCCAAGGGCAAAACAGGUUGAGGGAAGGCGAUAUUACCUCAUGUACGCGUAGUGUUUUCAUGGCUUGUACAUUUCAUUAUCGCUUGUCCUACAUUGUUUCGGUGUUUCGUUUGUAUUACCCGCAAUUGGUAGUCACCUACCUUUACUAGAUGCCUUUCAUUCACUCCAUAUAUGUUUACUGAUAAAUGAUGAAGCUUAUAGAUUA